UCCAUCUUAAUAAUACAACCACUUUAAUAUAUCAUAAGGACACUUGAAUUAUGGACUUCCAGUAUUCGUCACUAAUUAAAAAAUACUUAAUACUAACUGACAAUUGACGACAAAAGCUUGGCACGUACAUUGCAGCAACCCUUAUCAGCGCCGACACAUUUCCAUUAUAAAUGACUCCCCAAAGAACUGGACCAUAAAAUUAAGCUUCUCUUGUUUUGCGGAAAUGUCAUUAAGCAAAAUUUGUUAAUGUCUUUUGAAGUGAUUAAAUUGUGGCGCAAACUGUAAACAGCUAAGAGAAAAGCCAAGGAAACACUAACAAAACAGGAAGCUGCGCAAUUAAGAACUUUAGCAAAAAAUAACAAAAACACACAAGAAUGUCAACAAAUAUUUCAUAAUUAAGAAACUCACUGGAAUGCAUAAUAAUAUUCAAAUUCCGCUAACAAAAAAGUUGACAAGCUGCAAAUUGAGUGAUAAGUAAGCGUGAGAGCCGAUGGUGGCAACCCGCAAACAAACAGGAUACACACGCGCCAUAUAGAUCAGAGUAUGUUGGGCGUCUACAAAAACAACUAUUUGCUCGGCAGCAAGUAGCUGCAAGGAAAACAAGUUAGACGUACGUAAAUUCGGGAAGCGAGUAUUAGGGGAGAGACCGACACACACCACAGCUCGGGACUUGCCACAAGUUGCUAUACUUUGGCAACGACGUAGCCACCAGAAUUUCAACGAAAUGUGUAUGUAACUGAUAACAGUGUAUUCCCGUUAUAAACUUACGCACGUAUGCUCUGACGGGUAGUGCGGCUGCAACCCGCUACGUUCGACCUCAACGCACUUGAAAGUAAGCAGCAAACAAAUUCUCACUGAAUUUUGGCUCCCAGAAUUUAAUGAACAUUUAGAGACUGUGGCAAACCGGGCGACUUGCAACAACAGCAACAACCAAGUGGGGUUACAAAAUCAGCAGCCACUGGGCUGUGUGUGUUUGACUGGUAGCCGCAAAGCACAUAUUUUUUAAAAUUAAACAGCAACUUGAACGGAAAAGCAGCGCGCUCACUUAGACACUUUGUUGCAACCAGACACAGUAGAAAUUCCCGUCAGCUUACCAACUGCAACCACACACACGAUCGCCUUGUUCCGGGCCAUGGAAAUGGAUGUUAAUCUGCGCAAAGCCAGCGCCAUUGAACUAAUGACCAUAUCGGCGGGCUCGUACAGCAACAACAAUAAAUUCAACAAUAACAACACCGCACCAUCAUUUGCCUUGCGUCCGGUCGCUCCAGGCACUCCGCCACCUCAUCGCAUCGGCUGUUGUGGCAUACUCGGCCGGCUGCUUUGCACCGGCACAGCCAAAACAGCCAGCAGCAGCAGCGACUAUAACAACUUGAAUAGCCUGCUACCAUCCAACGGCGGCAAUCAUCAAGCGUUGCAUGUGAAUGUGCCGGCCACGCCGAGUGCCGCGGCUGUCGUGUCGGCCGUAUGCAACUCGGGUCAUACGCGCCGUCCGCAGUCGCGGCGUACGCCGCAGGAAAUCUACUUCGAGAGCCGUGGCAAGUCGUGCAAGAAGCUACUAAAGUUUAACGGCUACUCAAACAAGAUACUGCUCUAUCCGGAAGAGGGUUGGGCGCGCACGGCCUCCUCCAGUUACUGGACCAUCACACCUUGUUGGUGGCAGCCGAAUCGCUGCCGCAUCGAAGAGUUUACCGGCACACAACGGCAAUCGACCAAAGCCAAAAUGAUGCCGCUCGAACAGAAGGGUUCACUACUCAUCGCCGGACACUUUCGCAGCAAAAAGGCGUUGACUGGCGUCAGUCCGUUGGGCGGUCGCACUUGUAUGGACUGUGUAGAUGAUGGUGAUGGCGGUCGUGGUGAUGGCGCAGCUAACGGCAAGGAGCAGGAAAUUGACGAAUUCAAACUGUAUCUGACUUCGAAUAUCUCGAUGGAGGACUACAAUAUGGGCUACUGUUUGACGGGUUUUGUGGAGCGACGCUGCCAACAAACCAACACAUACCAAAUGACCCACUUCGCCGUCAUCAAACGGCAAUGGCCGUCCAUUAGCAGUGCAGUUGCAAAGUCAACGUAAUUAAAUCAAAACUUUUACAUUAUUUAUUUAUACAUAGUGCGAGGUACUUACAAAGUUUUGGACGACAAAAGUGUGCGCAAGUGUAGUAUGUUUGUAUGUGUUUUUCUAGCUUUGUAAGCCAUGUAGAGAUAAUUGAGAUUAAGCUAAGUGUUGGCAUAGCUUUAGUGUAUUAAAUAGGCGAGUUGCUAAGUACGAUUCGUUUGGUAAAUGCUAGUUUUAGGCAAAUGCAGUCUACUUUUAGGCGCUUAAAUGCAGUAAGCGACAGUCGUCCUUAAAUCUGCACCAACAUUGUUAUUCGUUGCUGCUAUGCGGGAAUGCAAAUAAUUUGAAAUUUAUGUAAAGCCCUUUUUUCUUGCUUUAUUAAACACGACUUGACAGGUAUUUUGUGAUAAAACAAUCGAAAAUUCACACAAAAUUGAACAAUGCAUUUGCAGCAACACACGGACGCUUGCCAAUAUCGUAUAUUGAAUAUUAAAAAUCUGCCUGCAAGCGCGUAAAAUCAGAAUUUUUCAUUUCAUUUUACAAUGUAAUCGUAUUGAAAAAUCAACAAAAUCAAAAUUUUGAACGAAAAAUAAGAACGCCAAAUGUCAUUGCAUAUCCGCAGGCGCUGCAAUUUUAAAUUCAUAAUAAUGACGCAUUUAAAUAUGAAAAUAUUGCAAUAACAUUGAUACAAAAUAUACAUAUAUCGAAAUAACAGUGUGAAUAGUAGUGUUGAGUUGCCACGCCCACUCUGUGGCACCCAGCCUUUGCCAGUGUAGUUAACGCAUUUAUUUGAUAUUCGUUGGCAGCGCUAAAAUAUUAUUUCUGCUACUGUUUCGAAAUGUAUCACGCAGUGUUUAUUUAUUUAUGUUAAAAAUUGGAAAAAAAUUGCAAUUUAUGUGAAAUCGCUUUAAGUGGACUCACGUGAAAUUUAUGCCAAUAUAUUAUAUAAUUAUUUAAAAAUUUAAGUGCAACAUCAAAGGCCAUGGAAAAGACAAGGAUUUUUUUUAAAAUACCCAAUUACAUAUCGCCAACUAAAAUGCAGGUGAAGGAAACACGAUAUAACAUGAAUCACUCAACUUGAAACAAAAUUUGAGUUUCAGUUAUAAAAUGGUUAUAUAUUGGUUAUCAUACACUCAUAUUUUGGUUAUAUAUCGGUUAUCACACACUCACAUUGAAUCAAAAUUUAAGUUUUGGUUAUAAAAUGGUUAUAUAUUGGUUAUCAUACACUCAUAUUAAAAACAAAAUUGAGUUUUGAUUAUAAAAUGGUUAUAUAUU